UCGGCCGGGCAAACUGAAACCGGGCUCUAGAGAUGCACCGCCGCCUCGGCCUCGCCACCGCACUCCGGCGGUUCUGCAGCCACCGUCCGCCUCCGCCACCGGACGCGCGGCUCGCGUUCCUCCGCUCCGAGGUCGAGGACCUGGACCUCUCCCGCGCGCAAGCACAACCGCCGCCCCUGGAGCAAUGGCAAGUGACCCAAGAGCCAGGGAGUGGCGGCGCUCGCGCGGGGGACAAGCCGGUGGCCGUGGACAUCGCCCACCCGUGGCCGGAGUGGGUGGCGCUGAUGGAGCUCCUCCUCCACAAGGGCCUCCUCGACCCCUCCGCCUUCGCCGGCGCCGCGCCGUCCAAGGACUCCAACCUCGUCCGCACCGCCUGCCUCCGCUUCGGGCGCGAGCGCCCCGAGAUCGUCAGGUAUCUGUCAAGAUGGGAUAUUCAGGUCGCUCUGCGUAGUGGGUGCCCCAGCAUUGACAGGAAAGUUGUUAAUUCCGGGAAGCGAUUGCGUGCUCAUGUAGGACUUGAUGAAGGAGAGGUUUGCAGCCAAUGCAGUUUAAGGGGAAGUUGUGAGAGGGCAUAUGUAAGGGCCCAGAAAGAGGAAGUGGGCAGAACUGUGGACGUUAUGCGCAUCCUCCUGACUUAUGGUCUUGAUAUCAUUACUGGUAAUAUGGGUAACAAAGCAUGCCUAACCAAAACUGUUAAAGAAUCCAUUAAGAAACUACUGAAUGAGGUUGUCGAGCUUGAUUCCAAAGGGCCUGGUUCCACAACUGAUAAAGCUGCAGUACGUAUGUCAAAACCCAUGAAGCAGGGUGACUGGAAUUGUCCCAAAUGCAACUUCCUAAACUUUGCUAAGAAUAUCAAAUGUUUGCGCUGCGAUGGCGAAUUUCAAGAGCGAUAUCACUUAAUGCAUGAGGACCAAGAUCAUCUACCCCUAAAAAAAGGUGAUUGGAUAUGCAAAAGGUGCAACUUUUUGAAUUUCGCGAAGAAUACACGAUGCUUGCAGUGUCAUGACAAACCAACAAACCGUUUACUCAGCCCAGGAGAAUGGGAGUGUGCCUCGUGUAACUACCUGAAUUUCAAGAGGAACGCAUUCUGCUUGAAAUGUGGUUGGAAAAGACCAAAAGCAUUAAACGACCAAGACACUGUCGAACCACACCGUGAUCUGGAGCAGAAUAAGCACCCUACUAUUUCAUUCGUUCAAGAUGGCAUCCAACCGACAUUGCGGAAGCGACAACUUGUGCAAAAAAGGGCCCCACUAUCUGAUGAAGAUUCAGACUUCUGGAGCUCGGAGGAGGAAGGGCACGAUAACAGUGAAAAUAAUAGCAUGCUCCCAAUGCACAGGGACUACAAAUUCCUUGACAGUUUCCCCAUUGCCGGUGGCAGGACUGCUAUUUCCCAAGAACCUCUCGAGAGGGAGAAAUGGAAGGAAGAGAUGUCCAGGGGGAACCAGGGGCUUCCAAGAGAGGCAACAGAAGGAAGUAACCGCUCCUCUGUUCGUGUUCCCAGAAGCAUGGAGAUGGCCGAGUCUGACGACGACGACGAUGAGAUCUCGUCAUGGUUUUCUGGUGGGAACAGUAAUAGAAACCUGAAAAAGUCGUAACCAGUUUUGUGUGAAUGAUGGUAAUUUGUGAUUUUUCACGUGUAAAAUCUACCAUUGUCCAGAGGUACAAAAUUCAGUGAAGACAUACUGUUCUUUUA